CUCACGCGGACCAUGACUGCGAGUUACGGGUCGUUUGAGCUGCAGGGAGUGCGCUUCUUUGUGGGCGAUGUUCUGGUGGCGCGUGCGUCGGAUGACGGGUCGACACUGCCGUACCUGGGCAAGCUCGUGGCCAUCGAGCUCGACGAGACCGGGUCUGUGGCGCUGGACAUGCGGUGGUACUACCGGCCAGAGGAGACGCAAGAGGGGCGGCAGUUCCACCACGGCAAAAAGGAGGUUUUCUCGUCGAACCACUACGACCGGGUGUACGUAGAGUCGAUCGAGUGCAAGGCGCUGGUUCUUGGCCUUGAUCACUACCACGAGCUGCACCAGCGGCUGGCGGCACACUCGCGCGAGCUGGUGCAGGAGGGCGUGUCUGCGGACCAUGUGUACUUUUGCAGACAACACUACCGAACGGAUACCAACACCUUUGCGCCUGCACUCGACGUGUACUGCUCGUGCAAGCGGCCGUGUAACCCGGACAAGCUGAUGAUUGCUUGCGACGCGUGUGACGACUGGAUCCAUGGCGAGUGCGCCGGCCUUGACGACAAGGGUAUUGCGGCGCUUGACAACUAUGUGUGCGACGCGUGCAAGAGCAAGAAAGCCAAUGCUAGCUAGGUGCUGGCAGCAUAAACAGGUUUGGAACUUCA